AUGACAAAGCUUUAUGUGUUUUUGGCCACUCUUAUAUAUAUCCUAUUUCAUGAUGGAAAAGUUGGUGCUUUGAGUAGUAAAGAUGGAUCAGAGGAAUGGGGAUAUGUACAAGUUAGACCUAAAGCAAAUAUGUUCUGGUGGCAUUAUAAAAGUCCAUACAAAGUGGAGAAUUCCUCCGAGCCAUGGCCAAUAAUUCUCUGGUUGCAAGGAGGACCUGGUGAUUCAGGAAUUGGACUUGGAAAUUUUGAAGAGAUUGGUCCUCUUGAUGUCAAUUUGAAGCAAAGGAAUUUCACUUGGUUGAGAAAAGCAGAUUUGCUAUUUGUGGACACUCCGGUUGGAACAGGGUUCAGUUUUGUCGAGGAUUCAACAUUACUUGUUAAAACAGAUGAAGAUGCAGCCAUCGACUUGACUACAUUAUUAAUCAAAAUAUUUAACAAUGAUUCAACCCUUCAAAAGUGUAAUUUAUUCAUUUUUGGAGAAUCUUAUGGUGGAAAAUUUGCUGCUAUUCUUGGAUUAUCAGCCUACAAAGCAAUUAAAAAUGGAACAUUGAAGGCCAAACUUGGAGGGGUGGUAUUAGCAGAUAGUUGGAUCUCCCCAGAAGAUUAUGUGUUCUCAUGGGCUCCUCUAUUGAAAGACAUCUCAAGAAUUGAUGACAAUGGACUACAAAAAUCAAACAUUUUGACUGAAAAGAUCAAGCAACAACUUGAAGUUGGUGACUUUCUAAAUGCAUUUGAUACAUGGCAUCAACUUGAAGAUGUAAUAAGCAAUAGCAGCAACUAUGUGAAUUUCUAUGAUUUUACGGAGGAUGAUGGAAGCCAUUUAAAUACCUUGUCAACAAGAAAGAAGAGAUUAUUCAAGCGUUACUCCAACUACAUUACUUCUACAAUUGGUAAUGAUGAUAUGGAUAUUCUAAACAACUUAUUAAAUGGUGCCAUAAAGGAAAAAUUAAAGAUCAUUCCACAUAAUCUUAAAUGGCAACCCUUGUUAAUAUAUGUGUUUGAAAAUUUUAAAGGUGAUUUUAUGAAGCCAAGAAUUAGUGAGGUUGAUAAGUUGCUAGCUCUCGGGGUCAAUGUGACUAUCUACAAUGGACAAGUUGAUCUAAUUUGUUCAACCAAGGGAACGGAAGCUUGGGUCAAGAAACUCAAAUGGUCAGGCCUUCAAAAUUUCUUGAGCAAAGAUAGAACUCCAUUGUAUUGUGGAAGUGAAAGAAAGACCAAAGGCUUUUUUAAGUCAUAUGAAAACUUAAGUUUCUAUUGGAUACUUGAUGCUGGCCAUAAUGUACCUAUUUAUCAGCCAUGCAUAGCACUAAACAUGGUGGGUGCAAUUACACAAUCACCAGCGGCUUGA